AUGCCCCCCAGUCCUUGUAGUUCGAAAAGCAAUCGGCUGCCGGAUAUAACUGAGAGUGCAGGGGACACGCUGGUUUACGAUCGCGAGAUAUUCAAUAUUGGAAGUUCUGACUUCAUCCUGAUAGACGAGGUGAGCGAAAACGAGGAAAAAAAUUUGAAGACUUAUUGCAAACAAAUAGCCGACAAGACUAAAUCAGCGUUCAAGCGCAAAAACAUACCCAAACGGUUGCCAUUUCUUCAAUGGUGGCCGACUUACGCGACAGGAGACUGUAUCGGAGAUCUUCUAGCUGGUAUCACGGUCGGUCUAACUCUCAUACCACAAUCCAUGUCAUUCGCAGCUUUAGCUGGUCUACCACCUCAAUACGGUUUAUAUGGUUCGUUCGUCGGCAGUUUGAUGUACGUCUUCCUCGGGACUUGCAAGGAAGUGCCCAUGGGUCCGACGGCCAUCGUAUCUCUAAUGACGUACAACACGCUCAAAGGACGAGGGCCAGUGUACGGGACGUUGCUGUGCUUCUUGACGGGAGUCAUCCAACUGAUCAUGGGAAUGGUGGGAUUAGGUUUUUUGAUCGAUUUCAUCUCUGGGCCGGUGAACGCGGGAUUCACGUCGGCUGUCGCCAUACUCAUCGUCAUCUCCCAAGUCAAGGACAUAUUCGGCAUACGCGCCGUGGGCUCGACACUGCUUGACAUAGUCAUAUCCCUGUUCAAAGACAUCGGUAAUUUUCGAGUGGGUGACAUGCUACUUGGAUCGGUGUGUAUCGUUGUGAUUCUGUUGUUAAGAAUGUUAGCUCUGAUCCACAUGGGCCCCGAAAAUGAUUGCGAACGGACUAAAGUUCAGCGAAUCAUCAACCGAACCAUGUGGUUGAUCGGCACUCUUAGAAACUCAAUCGUCAUCAUCGUCACCACGUUCAUUGGAUUCCUUUACGUGAAUUCUUCGGGCCACGACGUGACAUCUAAUGAAAUGCCACCGAUACCAUUUAAGGUGGUAGGUAAAAUACCGUCGGGUUUGCCGGAUUUCGGUUUCCCGAAGUUUAGCGUCAUGAGAGACAACGGUACCACAGUUGGAUUCUUUGAAAUGGUCUCGGACAUGGGUUCCGGAGUUAUAGUCUUACCGAUAAUAGCGUUGAUCGAAAACCUUUCGAUAUGCAAAACAUUUUCUUUGGGAAAACCCGUUGAUGCUACACAAGAGUUAUUGGCAAUUGGAUUGUGCAAUAUCGGCAAUUCGUUUUUUCACGCGUUCCCAAGUACAGGUUCUUUUUCUAGAAGUGCCGUGAAUGCUGCCAGUGGCGUACGAACACCAAUGGGAGGUUUAUAUUCUGGAAUUUUGGUCAUCGUUGCUUUAUUAUUCUGUACACCUUAUUUUUACUAUAUACCGAAAUCGGCUCUUGCGGCGGUUAUUAUUGCUGCAGUCAUAUUUAUGGUGGAAAUUCGUGUUGUCAAACCAAUUUAUCGAUCAAAAAAAAGCGAUCUGAUUCCCGGUUUAGGAACGUUUUUCGCCUGCCUGUUACUACAUAUGGAAAUAGGGAUUCUAAUUGGCGUCGGCCUGAAUUUGAUAUCGAUUUUAUACCACGCGGCGAGACCUAAACUUUCCAUUAGAGUGAACACGACUAGGAACGGUAUCAAUUAUCUGAUGAUGACACCAGACAGAUGCUUGAUAUUUCCAUCAGUUGAUUAUGUGAGAAAUAUUAUCAUUAAGCACAGCUUAAAACAGAAUUUACCAGUAGUCAUUGAUUGUUCCCAUAUUUACGGAGCAGAUUUUACUGCGGCCAAGGUCAUAGAAUUGUUAACCAUAGACUUUUCACGGAGAGGACAGUUGUUAUUUUUUUACAACCUGAAACCAAGCUUGGUCACUGUUUUUGAGGGAGUUCGUCCAAAAGACUUCAACAUACGAUUAUUCUACGAGAGUCAAGAUAUCGAUCAACUGUUGAACAAACACAUGAUAGUAAACAGCACUCCAGUUGAUUGA